CAAUCUAGAUUAAAUGAUAGUUUAUUAGGUAAUAAAUCAUCAAUACCAGCUUCUCCUGCUCAAUUAGAUCCUUUCUAUACACAAGGAGAAAUGUUAAAAUCUUAUGACAUGUUAGAUGAUACUUGGGUCACCAUAUUUGGGUUUAAUAAGGGUGCAACAUCAUUUAUAUUAGAACAGUUUUCACAAUAUGGUCAUAUAGUUAAACAUGUAGUGGCUACAGAAGGAAACUGGAUGCACAUUCAUUACCAGUCUAAAAUUCAAGCUAAGAAAGCACUUAGUAAAAAUGGUAAAAUAUUUGGUGGUUGUAUAAUGAUAGGAGUUUUACCCUGUAUAGAUAAGAAUGUAAUGGAAGGAAGAGCGUCUGCUAGUGAUAUGCCCAUGACCCCUACCACCCCUUUAACAGACCUGACACAUCACUCUAAUAUUAAUAAAAAUACUCCUACUAUACGACCAUUAACAGCAGCUUAUCAAGCUUCUAGAAGUGAUUAUGACGUUGUAAAAGGUGGUCAAGUUCCUCAGAAAGACAAUAGUUUAAUGUCUAAAGUUAAAGAAUACAUAAUAGGAUGGUGA